AUGGCUGUGUUCCGUGCGUCAGCUCUCAUUCUCCGAUCAUACUCCUCCUCCGCCUCUGCCUCCGCUGCCGCCACUCGGAGGAGGUCGAAAUCCCUGCCGGUGAGGCCAAGGCCGACGAAGAUUCCACUUCAGCCAAAGGUUACGAAUGCCGUGAACCUCAUCGGUCAGGUUUAUACGCCGGUUCAGUUUGAAACAUGUGAUGACGGAAACACCUAUGCUGCCACCGUUAUCAGGCGCCAAGAGUCCCCUUCUUCUCCUUACCGUUUCAUUCCGGUGAUAUUUGAGGGUGAUUUGGCUUUUACUGCGAAAACCCAUCUUCAACAAAAUGAUAUCAUCCAUAUAGCUGGACAACUCAGUACUGAUCCACCACUCGUAGAUCAAAGAUCUGCUCAGACUAAUAAUAUUCAGGUUAUGGUACAAAGCCUCAACUUUGUCAAAGAUAUCUCCGAGAAAAGAAUAUAUCUGCUACUUCAAAGCAAGAUAGAAUCAAGUGGAAAGCAUGACAUCAAUCAAUCAACUAAGGAUGUUCGUUCCAUGCAAAGUGACGAGCAUGACAUAGACAAAUCUUGGAAGGAUCUGCUUAAUAACCCCAGUGAAUGGUGGGAUGUUCCUUCAACAAAGAAUCCAAAAGGUGUAGCUUUUCAAAGAAAGAUAAAUGGUGAAUUACUCUUUGUCAAUAGCUCAACUCCCGAAUGGCUCCUGGAGAAAUUGGAUACGAUUGCAAUUGAUUUGUAA